GGUAUGUGAUUGUCAUGGUUACCGACAUAGCACCAACAGGUGUCCGCAUGAUUGAAUUUACUGUGUAGCGUUAGCGAAGUCGCAUUGCGCAUUAAACACACUUGAACUGGCAGAGCUUGUGUCAUGACGUGAUCUUCUGAGUAUGUUACAAAUUGGCGACGAGGAUGCUCAGAAAAGAGUCUACGAAAGCCUUAAAGUCUUAAUUUUGCUGGUUAAGGGACUGCUAAUCUGUGAGACGAAAGUUUGAUCCUAAUUUUGAGGUCAUAAAGGGACAUUUUCUGGUUAAAGUUACCGUCGUAUUGUUGAUGGAACUAGGAAGUAAGUCUUCGUGUAUUCGCACAUGGUAUUCGCACGUGUAUUCAGUCAAUGCGUGAUACAACAUGGCGACGCCCAGUGGCUAUAUCGGACGGCUAGGGAGCUUUGAGAAGGCUCGCGAACCUUUUACUUCAUAUGUCGAACGUAUGGAACUGUUUUUCAUGGCCAAUAACAUCGUUGAAACUUCCCAGAAUGCUGAAUUCGUGAAGGAACGGAAAAAGGCAAUUUUACUAACUGAAAUUGGAACAGAAAUCUACGUAACUCUCGCAAAUUUGUUAGCGCCCAGCAAGCCGAAAGAUGCAACAUUUGACGACAUCAUCGAUAAGUUGAAGAAUCAUUUCGAUCCUAAGCCGUUAGAGAUUGCUGAAAGUUACAAGUUUGGAACGAGAAAUCAGAAACAAGGUGAAACAGUUGGUGAGUUCAUCAUUGCCUUAAAGAAUUUAUCCUUACAUUGUAACUAUGGAUCUUUCUUGAAUAGAGCUUUGCGAGACAGAUUUGUUUGCGGGUUGGCUGACGAACGAAUUCAGAACAAACUGUUGAAUACUCAAGAUUUAGAUUUUGAUAAAGCCUGCCAAAUUGCGUUGUCGAUGGAGAUGGCAUCAAUAAAUGCUCGUGAACUUCGUUCUGUUCAUAAUGCUGGAAGUGUGAAUAGUCAGAAAAGUUACACCCGUAAAGCUAAACCAACUAGUCGUGGAGGUAAACCCAAACCCUCUAAUGCUGAAAGUAAAAAGCAUGGAAACUGUUAUCGCUGUAAUUCCAGAAAUCAUCCACCUCAAGAAUGUCCAUUUAAAGGUUCACAAUGUUUCAAGUGCGAGAUGAAGGGACAUAUAGCUAAAGCUUGUAAGUCAAAUAGAGGAAAGUCUAGUGUACCGAGUAAAGGUAAAUCGCGUCGAUCUGGCGGCAAUGCUGAAGUUCAUGCGUUGGAUGAAACUGAUGAUCUAGAGAAUUCUAUGCAGCAUAAUUUGAAUUUGUAUUGUGUUUAUGCUACAGAUUCGAUCAAUAAGUUUGAAACAGAAGUUGUAAUCAACAAGAAAUCCUUGACUAUGAGGAUUGAUACCCAGGCAGAUUGUUCUAUUAUGAGUAAGGACACAUAUGAGAGAAACUUCAGUGAUGUACCUUUGAGACCAAAUUCAUUAGAACUCAGAACAUAUUCUGGUCAGCAGUUGGACUUGUGUGGUGAAUUUGAAUGUGAAGUCACCUAUGAAGGGAAUACAUUGUUGUUGCCCAUGAUGGUAACAAGCUACACGAAUCGUCCUACACUGAUGGGUAAGAACUGGCUGACUAAGUUGAAGUUAGAUUGGAAUAACGUGUUCCAUGUUGAGUCUUCAAAAUUGCAGAGUCUACUCCGACAGUAUAGCGGAAUGUUUGAAGACAGCUAUGAAGGGAUUUCUGGUGUGGAAGCGCACGUAAGAAUCAAGGAGAAUUCAACUCCAGUCUACUGUAGACCGCGACCAGUACCGUACGCACUGAAAGAAAAAGUUGAGAAAGAGUUAAGAAACCUUGAGAAAAACAAAGUCAUCGUAAAGACAGACUACAGCGACUGGGCAACUCCGAUCGUAGUGGUGCCGAAAGCCGAUGGAGGUGUUCGUCUUUGCGGAGAUUAUAAGACCACAGUCAAUCGAGCAGUUGAUGACGAGUGUUAUCCUCUUCCCACAUCGCAGGAUUUGUAUGCAGAGUUGGGAGGUACCAAAGUUUUCUCGAAGUUGGAUCUUUCUCACGCGUAUGCACAACUCAACUUGGAUCAGCAAAGUCAGCAGUAUCUUACUAUCAACACGCAUAUGGGAUUGUAUUCCUACACAAAACUACCAUAUGGAAUUAAGUCCUCACCGAAGAUCUUCCAAGCGACAAUGGAUAAGAUUCUUCAAGGUAUCCCCCAUUGCUUGUGUAAUCAAGAUGAUGUAUUGAUAGCUACAACCACAGUGGAUGAAAAUCUUGAUGUGCUCGCGCAAGUAUUGAAGCGUUUGAAUGAUCAUAAUGUGAAGCUAAAAAGGAGCAAAUGUGCCUUUGUGGAAAGUGAAGUGGUGUACUUAGGGUUGAAAGUAAGCUCACAGGGGCUUCAACCAGUCAAAGAGAAAAUUGAGCCAAUCAUCAAUGCUCCUAAGCCAAAGAAUGUGACCGAGCUAAGAUCAUUUUUGGGGAUGGUUCAGUUCUAUUCGCGAUUUCUACCGGAUCUUGCGUCAGUGUUAGCACCGCUCCAUAAGUUACUACAGAAGGAACAGAAAUGGGAAUGGUCGAAAGCCCAACAGGAAGCAUAUGAGAAAUGCAAGCGAAUGUUAACCAGUGAUGCACUUCUCGUUCACUAUGAUAACAGGCGUGAAUUGAAGAUGUCUUGUGAUGCAUCUAGCUACGGUGUCGGAGCAGUGAUAAGUCAUGUAAUGGAUAAUGGAGAAACAAAGCCAAUCGCAUUUGCAUCACGCACCUUGACGAAGAGUGAGCGUAAUUACGCUCAGAUUGAGAAAGAAGCGUUGGGUAUCAUUUUCGGUAUCAAGAAGUUUCAUCAGUAUCUGCUAGGUAGAAACUUUACGCUCAUCACUGAUCACAAGCCGCUACUUCAUUUGUUGGGUCCUAAGUCAUCGAUUCCGACAAUGGCAGCAUCAAGAAUGCAGCGGUGGGCAAUACUUCUUUCGCAGUAUGACUACAACAUAGAGUAUCUCAGUUCUAAGGAGAACGCUGUCGCAGAUGCGUUAUCUCGUUUGCCUCACGAAGAUUCUGAAGAUGGUACAGAAGGUAGUAUCUAUGUUACUGAUGUUGUAGACAGUAACUUUCCAGUAACAGCAACAGAGAUUGCUGCAGAAACUCAGAAAGACUCUGUUUUGAAACAAGUGUAUGAACAAACUUUAUAUGGUUGGUCAGAAACAGAACCAAUGAAUGAUGAGUUGAAACCAUAUCACAGUAGAAGGUUUGAGUUGUCAUGUGAUCAGGGUUGUGUCAAAUGGGGACAUAGAGUGAUAAUACCCAAGUCAUUGAGACAUAAGUUACUUGAUGAACUUCAUUCUCAGCACUCAGGUGUUGUAGCGAUGAAAGCUGUUGCUAGAGGAUUUAUGUUUUGGCCUGGUAUUGACAAAGAAAUUGAGCAAAUUUCUAGUAGAUGUUCUGUUUGUCAAAAUGUCAGAAGCAAACCACCAAGAGUACCGUUAGAAACAUGGCGUUGGCCAGCUAGACCAUUUCAGAGAGUCCAUGUAGAUUUUUGUGAGUUUGAUAGUGAGCAUUUUCUUGUUCUCAUAGAUAGUCACUCUAAGUGGAUAGAAGUAAUUCAUAUGGGUACUAAUACAACAACUGAGAAAACAAUGAAUGAACUCAGGUCCAUUUUUGCUUGUCAUGGUUUACCCGAACAGUUAGUUUCAGACAAUGGGCCUCAAUUUCGUUCUGCAGCAUUUCAAACUUUCAUGAAACAAAAUGGAAUUAGGCAUAUUUUAGUUCCCACUUACCAUCCAGCAUCUAACGGAGCUGCAGAAAGAACAGUAAGAGUAGUGAAAGAAGCUUUGAAAAAGCAAGUGUUUGAUGGUAGUUCUAAGUUUAGUAUGAAGCGAAGACUAGCCAAUUUUCUGUUGAAGUAUCGUACUACUCCUCAAUCAACUACUGGUUUUACACCAGCUGAGCUUUUGAUGAAGAGAAGGCUUAGAACAAGACUAAGUUUGAUUUUACCAGAUCUAUCUCAAAAAGUAGAAAACAAACAAUCAAGUCAAAAGAGAUAUUUCAAGGGUAGUCGUAGGUAUCGUUCAUUUGAUGUUGGUGAGAACGUUCGUAUCCUUGCUCCCCCACACAAAGAAGGUAAAUGGGAGUUGGGAGAAGUUGUUACUGUUUGUGGAAGUAGAAGGUAUCUAGUUGAUAUAAGUGGUAGAGUUCGAAGUGUUCAUGUAAAUCACAUGUUAAAAGCAAGUGAUAACCAAGAGUGUUUGCCAGAGUCUAGUGAUCAUGCAGAUUUGGAUGAUAGUUUUGAUUUAAUUUCAUUGCCAGACUCCGCACAGUCUCGGCAGUUAAAUUCUGAAGUGGGAAUAGAGAAAUCCCCAGUCAAAAGUACAAGCGGCCUAAGUACAGAUACAACAGUAUGAUUAUUUUAUAAUACAUAAACAGACUUAUAUCUCUGUUAAAAUGUAUUGAUCUAUUAGAAGGAAGGAUAGAGAGUUUGAAAAGUUAAAAGUUUUAUUCAGUAUAUUAUUACUAUAAAGAAUCAACCGUGAAGUACAUUGCAUUUAUACAUGAAAUUAUGAUUUAUUUGAUACUCAUGAGCAUUUAUAAAGAAAUGUCAGAUUGCGGAUAUUAUAGACUUUAAAAUAAUAGAGAAAUUGGAAAACCCAUUUGAUCUGCAAAACUACUUUAUCAGACGAAUAAUAUUUGCUACUUUUGAGUCAUAUUACCCUCAAUAACCAAAAGAAACUAUUGCUCUUCAUGUUAAACAUUUUCUAAAACAAAUAGCUAUAAGAUGCAUAGCCUACUUUAAAAAAAAGGGAAACAUGAUAUUGAAUUGUGAAAUUUACUGUUCAGAUUACUUGCUGGUAUAUUAUGUUAUUUUCAAAACAUUGCGAAUUUAUACAGUGUCGGAGAAUCCACUUGUUAAAAGGGGAAGCAGUGUAAGGUAUGUGAUUGUCAUGGUUACCGACAUAGCACCAACAGGUGUCCGCAUGAUUGAAUUUACUGUGUAGCGUUAGCGAAGUCGCAUUGCGCAUUAAACACACUUGAACUGG